CUCGUGACAGGUCUAUUGCACAGUUGCUGGCCCUCUCGUCUCAAAAAUACCCCCAAGAAUUCAAAUUGGAUUAGAAAUUGUGUUUUGUCGGACAAGUAAAUCAUCUAACUUAAAAGACGGUCAUAUGGAAUAUUAUAGUCCAAGCUUAAGCCACUCGAUGUCCCAAAGCUACGGUCAUUCUAGCAGUCUAGAACCCAUGACCUUGGGGUCACCGACCUCCAUGGGGUCAAGCCAUCAAGGACCCAGUUCCCAUGGCAACCUGUUUCUCCCUGGAUACUUGAUGGGUGAGAUGGGUCCAUCUGUGUCGCCUUCCAGCAGCAGGUUAUGGUCAUCAUCAAGGAAUAGUCCACCUAAAGGGUUGAUGCCAUCUACCUUGGGUCCUAGAGACAGUGGAUCCAACAUCGGGAGAAGUGACAGUAGGAUAUCCCAGAGGCCAGCUGUUACACGAACUCCCAAGGACAAAACUGGUGCCCCGCCAGUCGCAGGUUUGUUUGAUAAUGUGGAAGCACUCAGAGGGAGCCCAGCUGUAGGGGGAGAUUAUGGGACAACACCUGAGAAGAAACAGCUGGAUUGGUCAAUAUCUAGGACUCCAUUACAACAUCCCUCAUUCACUACAGGUACCCCUGGGAGUAGUCGACUGUUCUCACCUCCUCAGACAUCCCAGUCACAGUUUAUUGUGAAGCAGACACCUUCAUCACCUGCUCAGAUUGAUCCAUUCUACACCCAGGGAGAGUUAAUCACUCCUGACGAACACCUGGAUGAAACAUGGGUCACCAUCUUUGGGUUUCCACCUGCUGCAACAUCUUACAUCAUCCAGCAGUUUUCUCAGUAUGGCAGCAUCGUCAAGCAUGUGAUUGCCAGCAAUGGGAACUGGCUUCAUAUGCAAUACAGCUCCAAGCUACAAGCCAAGAAAGCACUCAGUAAAAACGGCAAAGUGUUCGGAGGUAACAUCAUGAUUGGCGUGACUCCUUGCAUUGACAAGAGUGUCAUGGAAGGUGGCGAUCAGUGCAAUGCAAGUACCUUACAAUCCAGCACGCCUUCUAGAUACCCUAUGACCCCUCAGGCUGAUGAGGUUGAGACGUCAAAACAUCCAUCCUCCAUCAGGCCACUGACGGCAGCUUACAAAGCAGCGAGUAGUAACCACGAGGUUCUUCAGGGCAGCUCAACUCCCAAGAAGUCUUCCAAUGUCGUCAGCAAGACAUUAGAAUACAUGUUUGGCUGGUAGCACUCAACGAUAAGCACAAUUAUUUUUAUAUACAAGAAACUUGGGAGUACCAGUUACAUUGAACUGCCAUAUAGCUAGUCCCUGGUUUGUCUGAGUUCAUUUGUAUCCCUGUAGUCCUGUGAAAGCCUUCCGCUUGAUUCUGUAAAGUUUCUGUUGUUUACUUUACCUCACGAUUCAUGGAAUAAAAUGCGGUAAUUUUAAGGUUUUCUCCUCGGUCACCAACUUUUUCAGUGUCCACAUUUCAUUUACAAAAAGCAAGCUGUAAUGUGUUGAAUCAAAUUAUGCUUUAUUGAAACAAAACGCUUUCAAUCAUCGUAUCUGUGAAGUUUUUACUUGGCUCACAACACGUCACUUCACAAAACUAAAUCUGCCCAAAUGGUAUUGUUGCCUUCAACUAUGGCUGUUGACUAAUAUGCAAAUGGAAAAACUGAAUCCGUAGCCUGAUUAGGAACAUGCCUAAAAGUGAACUUUAAACUUCACAUUUGGAAGAAGACAGAGGACCAUUAUAUUACUUAUGUUGCCAUUUCUUAUCACUUUUUGUGUCCAGCGAUAUCAAUUACUGUGGAUUUAAUUUGUUUUUAAUUAGAAUUUCUCUGUGAUAAUAAAAUAUUUUGGUCAUAA